CCCAAGGCUCCAUUGCCGUUUCCUUCUGCCACCCCAGUACUCCACUCCACUCCACCCUCUCUUCUCUCUUUUCUCUUCCACAGCCUCCUUUGUUUUUGCUCGCAAGAAAAAACCCUGCGAAAAUUUGCUGGCUUCCACCACCGCCGCCGAGGCUUCCAGGUCCUUCUCCAGCCUUCCCCAGUCCCCGUGAUGGAUCGGAUCGGCCAACCUUGGUAAGCAGGAAGAGCAUUACGAGGAUCUCCGUUUUCUCUAGAUGUUUUUACUGGUUUUCCAAUCUACGCGCCUCGCUUUCUUGGCCGAUUCCCGUGGAGAGGAAUAGAUGUUCCUCGAAGAUACGUGAUGUAGAUGUUUUUCCCCACAGGCAAGAUGGAGAAAUUGUUCACAAAAUGUUCUGCCAGUAGCAAUCUUACCUGACUUGUUGCAAAGCUAUUCUGGGGUAACAAUCGCUGUUGGGGGAUUUCCUUUUCUUUUCCUGUUCCUGACUCCUGAGUAUUAGUUACUUGGUGGAGAAUUGUCAUUCAAGAUGAUGCAGAGGCCAUUCCGUCCAGAGGAGUACUCCUUGAAGGAGACUUCUCCUCACCUUGGAGGUGCAGCUGCAGGUGACAAACUCACCACCACCUAUGACCUGGUCGAGCAGAUGCAGUACCUUUAUGUUCGGGUGGUAAAAGCAAAGGAACUGCCAAGUAAAGACAUCAGUGGAAGCUGUGACCCAUAUGUUGAGGUGAAGCUUGGGAACUAUAAGGGCACAACUCGGCAUUUCGAGAAAAAGACCAAUCCUGAGUGGAACCAGGUAUUUGCCUUCUCAAAGGAGCGCAUUCAGGCAUCAGUAGUGGAAAUCAUCGUCAAAGAUAAAGACUUUGUCAAGGAUGACUACAUUGGACGAGUUUUAUUUGACCUGAAUGAAGUCCCGAAGCGAGUGCCACCUGACAGCCCGUUGGCCCCACAAUGGUAUAGGUUGGAAGAACGGAAUGGGCACAAGGUGAAGGGAGAGUUGAUGUUAGCUGUUUGGAUGGGUACUCAAGCAGACGAAGCAUUCCCUGAAGCAUGGCAUUCUGAUGCGGCGUCAAUCCCUGGCGAUGGACUUGCAAGCAUUAGAUCAAAAGUUUAUCUUACUCCCAAGCUUUGGUAUUUGCGUGUCAAUGUCAUUGAAGCACAAGAUCUUAUGCCAAAUGAUAAGACCAGGUUCCCUGAGGUCUACGUCAAAGCAAUGCUAGGCAAUCAAGCUCUUAGAACAAGGGUAUCACCAGGCAGAACACUGAACCCGAUGUGGAACGAGGACUUGAUGUUUGUUGCAGCUGAACCAUUUGAAGAGCACCUGAUUUUGAAUGUAGAAGACAGGAUUGCCCCAGGGAAGGAUGAUGUGAUUGGGAGAACUGUCAUUUCCCUGCAGCAUGUAGCUCGGAGGCUGGAUUACAAGUUGCUGAACAGCCAAUGGUAUAAUCUUGAGAAGCACGUGAUUGUGGAUGGUGAGCAGAAGAAGGAGACCAAGUUUUCAAGCAGGAUUCACUUGAGAAUUUGCCUUGAAGGUGGAUAUCAUGUCUUGGAUGAGUCGACACAUUACAGUAGUGAUCUAAGGCCAACUGCAAAACAGCUGUGGAAGCAUAACAUUGGUGUCCUUGAGCUGGGUAUCUUGACAGCUCAGGGCCUGUUGCCUAUGAAGACAAAGGAUGGGCGUGGCACAACUGAUCCUUACUGUGUGGCUAAGUAUGGACAGAAAUGGGUCCGGACAAGGACUAUCAUUGAUAGUUUCACACCCAAGUGGAAUGAACAGUACACUUGGGAGGUGCAUGAUCCAUGCACUGUGAUCACAAUUGGUGUAUUUGACAAUUGCCACUUGAAUGGUGGGGAGAAAGCUAAUGGUGCCCGGGAUACCAGAAUUGGGAAGGUCCGCAUCCGCCUCUCAACACUUGAAACUGAUCGAGUAUAUACCCACUCAUACCCUCUUAUUGUUUUGACACCCGGUGGCGUUAAGAAAAUGGGUGAGGUACAACUUGCUGUCCGGUUCACAUGCUCGUCGCUGCUAAACAUGAUGCAUCUUUAUUCACAACCCUUGCUUCCAAAGAUGCACUAUAUACAACCACUGUCUGUGAUUCAGGUAGACAAUCUAAGGCGCCAAGCCACCAACAUUGUCUCAACAAGGCUGAGCCGUGCAGAACCACCGCUCCGAAAAGAAAUUGUGGAGUACAUGCUGGAUGUGGAUUCCCAUAUGUGGAGCAUGAGAAAGAGCAAGGCAAACUUUUUCCGUAUCAUGGGUGUCUUGAGCCCUCUGAUUGCGGUGGCUAGAUGGUUUGAUCAGAUCUGUCACUGGAGGAACCCACUGACCACUAUACUGAUCCAUGUCCUGUUUGUGAUAUUGGUCUUGUAUCCUGAGUUGAUAUUGCCUACAAUCUUCCUGUACCUGUUCCUGAUUGGAGUGUGGUACUACCGGUGGCGGCCGAGGCAGCCUCCGCACAUGGACACUCGCCUCUCACAUGCGGAGACUGCGCAUCCUGAUGAGCUUGAUGAAGAGUUUGACACCUUCCCAACAUCUCGUCCACCUGACAUUGUCAGGGUGCGUUAUGACCGCCUCCGCAGUGUUGCUGGGAGGAUACAAACUGUUGUCGGUGAUCUUGCGACACAAGGAGAAAGGCUGCAGUCUUUGCUGAGCUGGAGAGACCCAAGAGCCACUGCACUGUUUGUGACCUUCUGCUUCAUCGCUGCGAUUGUCCUGUAUGUCACUCCGUUCCGUGUUGUGGUCUUCCUUGCAGGGCUGUACACCUUGAGACACCCGAGGUUCCGCCACAAGAUGCCGUCUGUCCCGCUGAACUUCUUCAGGAGACUGCCAGCAAGAACUGAUAGCAUGCUCUAAUGUGACACCUCUUGCUCUGUGAUGCGGUUUCUUCCUCGUUUUGGCGGAUCUAUGCUGCGCAUGUACUACUAGUAGUUGCAGCUCAGGCUGAUGAUCGAUUCGAUGUCCAACAAUGAACUGCUACCUGUCAUUUUCCGUAGUAUUUCAGUUGCAUGGUUUGUCUGUGCUUUCGGAUGGUUUUGAACCUUUCCUGUAACAACGGAAACGUAUGGUGUGUGACUAGUUAUUAUGUAUGGUGUGCCUGAAGAAUAGUGUUCUCAGGUCAGGUCUUCAGUUGUGCUCCUUAGUAUCAUCUUCAUUGCAUUUACAGCCAUUGACCUGCAUGAAAUGAUUCUAGUUUGUGCACUUCAGACCGCUAGUGUUGAAGGAUGAACCUGCGUUGUUUU